GUCAGCAAGAAGCGCAGCGCCCGUGAGAUGAAACGAUACAGGAUACGGGGUCUUGCUGGUUGUCGUGCAUGGCGCGCAGGAAGAGGGCGGGAUGGAAGCGCGCCCAGCGAGCCAGGCUAGCGGGUGUGGCGGGGGCGCACGCGGACGACUUCGGACUGCCAGCGGCCUCGUCGCUGACACCGAGCUGCCGCCACUUCAUGCUGCUCUGGAACCGCUUCGCGCGACACCACCCGCUCAGCAGCGACUACAUAACAUCCACCAGAUGUGAGCAGUUCGUCACAAGUCGUGAGGGCCGCGAGAUCGCCGCCUCACCGGACUUUGCGGAGCUGCGCGCCGCCUUCUCGCAGCACCUGGCGGCGCUGUGGCGACAUGCGCUGCUGCAGCCCGCCACCCUGGCCGGUUGCCUUGGAAGCCUGGACCGGCUCCGAGCGGAGCAUCUGGAGCAGCAGCAGCGGCAGCAGGGCCGAUAGUCAUGACGGGUGAUAACAGUGUCAUCGCAGGGUGGCACUUGCAUUGACAGCGGCGACGGCGGUCGUGAGAAGGGCAACCCGGGUAGCAGCAGCAAUACGGGACGCAGCCUGGUCAGGGUGCCGCAAGGACAUCUGAAGUCAGCAGUAGGGAGGGCUUCUUACGUUCUUCUUAGCAUCAGCAGAUGCAGCGGAGUGAGAGCAGCUGCGGCAGCAGCAGCAGUACCAACAGCAGUCGACGCACCAGCAGUUAGGGAGCUCUGGUUGUAGCAUUGCAGUGAUGGGAGCAAGAGAGCAGUAGCAGGCCAAGGCACGGAUGACAAUUCCAAGAAGUGACUUUCACAGGCAGGAGAAGCCGUAUGGUAGGGCUUCAUACGGCGCGUUUCCUUGCUUAGGCAACAGAGCUACUGUUAGCACGUUUGCCAAUGCGGCGUUGGGUGGCUAGCGUUAUGCAUGUUGCAGGAUGUGAGGCUAUGAUAGGGGCUCUGCGUUUCUUAGAGCGUACACUCUAGGGUGGCCAGGUUGGUUUUGCCAGUCAGAUAUACGGGUGCGUACAUACGGAAACGUACGAGUUCGGGGGGUUUCACAAUGAGCCAUGCAGAGAAUGGGCUGGAUAACUGGUGGCCGAUCCUCUUGUACAUUUACCGGUAUCAGGAGCGUGGCCACGAACAGGUCAGGCAAUCUUACCCUUGGGCAGACGGGAUUGCUCUUCCACCAAGUAUUCAAGCCUUACAUCUACACCAUAAUGAAGCGGUACCAAUCGUUAAACCAAUCUUCACCACCAAUCUGCGACACCUGGACAUCAUACUAGUGGUGGACAGCAACGGCAGAACCUUGUAAGACGCUUUCCC